UGCUCUUACCCUCCCGGAUGCUCCCCCGUACCAGACGCGGGUCCUUUCUCCACGGUCGUUUCCGGCCCGGGCGAGCCCGCGACUUCUCUGUUCCCUCAUCUUUCUUGGAGCUCGGCGAAACCUUGUUCUUCGCUUCCGGCGCCAUCAGCCAUCCGCUCUGUUGGGUUUCGUCGCGCGCCGAAUACGUCAUCAAACCAGCGCCUACUUCGCUUCAGUUGUGGGACCAAAGGUAUGGCUUUAUGUCGGUGCUAGAUUUGCUUUGCCUGAACAGAGCGAGCGAGCACCUUAGAGACGGAAGCCAACUCGUGGCGACAGGCACUUUCAAUCGCACGCCGAGUUGUUUCACUCCAACACACCUCUCUACGAUUGGCGCUCAGGCCAUCCUUCCUGCUCGCGAUGUCGUGGCAUGGCCACGAGGCUUCUACGGUCUCUCGCAGGACUCACCAUCCUUUGCCUCCGGAGCUGUCGGCGGAGAUGGUGGUAGCGCGACUACGGUCGGUGGCACACUUUCUGCAGCGGAUGCUGCCGCUGUGCCGGGCUCACACGGUAGAGUUUUAUACGCGCGGCCUGUGGGAGAAGAUGGUGGCGCUUCCCCCGGAGGCGGUCCUGGAAGCUCUGAGCGGGGAGAAGCUUCAGCGACUCCUGGAAAAACCGCCCCUACAGCGCCCUUUGGAGGAAGCCGCCGAUAACUGUAAGUUUUACAACAUUUUCUGUGAAAAUUCUCAGAGGCUAAUCAACGUGCAGGCUUUUGCCCUAGCUGCUAAAUAUUACUCCAUGCCAAACCUUGGGGUGUGUAUCGCAUUAGAACAGAUGCUAGAAGCACUGAAUGGGACACAGCAGCCUAGGUCAGAUGUAGAGAUAAAAACAGAUGACUUCAUGAAUAAUAAGAAGUCACAUGAAGUGCAGUUGAUGUCGGAGUUAGUUGAUGGCAUUGCAAAGUAUUGUGGCUUAAACCAGGUUAUUGAUCUGGGCUCUGGAAAAGGCUACCUGAGCUCCUUCUUGUCGUUGCAGUAUAAUCUAAAGGUUUAUGGAAUUGAUUCCUCAAACACAAACACCCAUGGAGCUAAUGAAAGGAACAGGAAAUUGAAGAAACACUGGAGAGCCUAUCAAAGACGGGGAAGAGCAAAUGUCAGAGAGCAAGUGUUGGGAGAGGCAAAUGAAAAGCCAGAGCAAGAUAAAGAGAAAUGUAAAGAAAAUAUUGGUGAAAAGCUCUUAAGUACUAAUAACAGUCUUCAAAGUCAGGCCCAGGUGGCUGCUCCAGAUUCUGUUCUUUUUGAAACAGCUGAUGUUUUCAGUGACUAUGAUAAGUGUAUUACUAACACACAAUAUGAACUUCACUCGGGGGCUCAGCUGCAGCCCGAUGAGAAUAACAUUCCAGAAAAUGUAUUUCUAAGUAUUCUGCCUGCUGAUGCUGUGGAAACUGACUAUUCAACCAGAAGUAAUUGCAGGGAGCUCUGUGAAGAGGAGAAAGAACGAAGAAAAAUGGCUUCCCUUAAAGAGAAAGCAAGCAGGUCAAAAGAAGCCAACAUAUAUUCUCCAUUAACAUCAUACAUCACUGCAGAAACAGAGCUACGUGAUAUUGUUGAAGAUCUGGAGGACUGUGUAAUGGUGGGUCUACAUACCUGUGGUGAUCUUGCUCCGAGCACCUUGCGACUUUUUACUGCUAAGCCUGAAAUCAAGGCGGUUUGCAGUGUUGGUUGCUGCUACCAUCUGCUGUCAGAGGAGCAUGAAACUCAGAAAGAUGGCACUCAUGGAAUAUUGGGUUUUCCCAUGAGCCGGUAUUUAAAGGAAGAGGGCUGGUUCUGUGGUCGCAAUGCCAGAAUGGCAGCCUGUUUGGCUCUUGAACGAGUAGCAGUUGGCCAAGUGUUGCCUACAGAAUCUUUGUUUUAUCGAGCUGUUCUCCAGGUUAUUGCAGAAGAAUUUUAUGGAGUCAAAAGGAGUGAUCGUAAUAUUGGGAAAGUAUAUUCUAAAUCAUCUUCUUUCUUGGAUUAUGCUCGAAAAGCUUUAAAAAAGCUUGAGCUUGAUGAGUCAAAGAUUUCAGACAGCCUCAUAAUGGAGUACUUUGAAAAAUACAAGCAUAGAAUGAAUGAGCUGGAAGCUUUUAAUAUGUUGAAAGUUGUUCUGGGACCUUGUAUUGAGGUACUGAUACUUCUUGAUCGUCUCUGCUAUCUCAAAGAACAGGACAACAUUGCCUGGUCUGGACUGGUAAAGUUAUUCGAUGCCAUAAAAUCCCCCAGAUGCUAUGCAGUUGUGGCUGUGAAGAAACAGACUUUCACAUGCAAGAAGAUUGAUCUAAAGCUGGGAACUGAUGCUGCGGUUGUAUUUUAAAUUUGAGUUUUUUUUUUACAAUUAUUCUACAGUAAUUAACUAUUCUGUUAAUGGCUUAUUUUUAUUUUAAAUUUAUAAAUCAUUUUCAAAUGUACCAGAAAAAUAAAUUUCAACUGUUGUUUAUAUGCCACCAAGUGUCUGCAACAUGAAAUGUGAAUUUUACCUUCGCAAUAUGUGGAUGGUAGGACUGAGCUGUACCAUUCCUAUGAAAAAUGAGUAAAGCAAGGACCAGAAGAAAAAGAAUGCAAAGAUCCAUAAUUAGAUCUCCCAAUUAAAAACUUUUAGAUUAAAAUGCACCCCCACCCUGAAGUUACUCUUGGUUCCUUCAGAAGGGUGGUUUUGAUUUCUUAAAAAGCCACUCUGGGAAAGAAUUAAAUGUCUCCUUUCACUUGGCCACUGUCCCAUUCUGUUUUGGAUCCUCCUGAAACUGCCUUUAAUUUUUUGAUUAAAAAAGUUAAAGUGUUCCAAUUCCAGAUUUCCUGUAUCAUAUCUAUCCUCUGGCUGAGACACCUUCAGUGCCACUUCAGCCUUUCAGGGACAAAGGUCAUUUCCAUCUCUUCUGUCUUAUCAAGACUAAAUAGAUUGUAGCUACCUUCUCAUUCAGCUUAGCCUGCUGUGAAACUGUGUGUGAGAAGAAGCAACAGGGAGCUUGUGAUUGUCUUGUUUUAUUGCCUAAAAUAGAAGAGUACAGCAGAGUUGUUGUUGGACUAUAAAGGACUACAAAUACCGCAGUGGAUAUUGGAAACAAGAAAGGUGAUAAAUUAAUGCCCUAAAGAGCUCAGCCAUGGAAGGCUGGGGAAGCAUCCAUUACUGUGACACACAACUUUUUUUGUGAAAUGGUAUACCCCAUGUAUGCUGCACUGCCAUAGAGUAAUAAAAUGUGACCAAUAUGGUCCAUUUCACACAUUACAUGGCAACAUGUUGAUCAGAGUAUUUAUAUGCGGCAGGAAGCUGUGACUAAUCCUAGCCCUCUGGCUCAUGCACUUGUGCUGUACAUGCAAUGGUGAACAUCUGUUUAUAAUUUUUUGUGUACAUAUGUAAAAUAGGGUAGUACCCAGUGGUAUCCCCUCUGCUAACAGAAGGCCUCCAUCAGCAGAACAGGGAGGGGACUUCCGGGAAGGGUGACUUAGCCUGUGCCUGCUUUUGAGACGGGCUCCUGCCUCAAAAGAAGCUUAUUCAGAUAUAUCAGUCAGUUUUUUCUUUUUUUUUUGACUGAUUAAACUUCUCCCGGGUAGGGAGAAACGAAGAGAUUAACCUCAAAGCCUAUUUUUGUUGGGACGACCAGAUCUCAUUAAUUUAUGGGACGAGGUCCAGCCGAC